AUGUCCGACAUCGUGGACGAUUACCACGCCAUCUACCCCAACGGAACACAUUGGUUCGAGGAUAGCUCAAUGAAAUCGCUCGUUUUCUCUUCAAUGGCCGUUGGUGGGCUUCUUGGACUGGUAGUAGCGGUUCCAGUGAUGCAUCGGGUUGGAGUUCGCCUCAUGCUCACCAUCUGCGGCGUUUUCUCCAUUUUCGGCACAAUGCUGUUCCCGCUGGCUAUCGACCUAAACUAUUUCAGUGUUCUUGUAGUUAGAUUCCUACAAGGCCUUGGAAUCAGCUUGGUUUUCACUGCACUGGGCUCUGUUCCAGUUGCAUGGGCUCCAAGAAACGAAUCGAGCACUUUUCUGGCCAUUUUAUCAUGCGCUUUUCAGGUUGGAGCUAGAAACCCUAUACAGGCAACUAAUUCUAAACAUUUUCCAGAUGAGUAACGUGGUGUGCAUGCCAAUCUCCGGAUUUCUCUGCGAAUCCUCUUUGGGCUGGCGUUCAAUUUACUACGUUUUCGGCGUUGCCACCAUCAUCUGCUUCCUCAUUUUCUACUUUUUCUACACUGAUUCUCCAAAAGACCAUCGACACGUGUCGAGCAAGGAGCUAAAUCUUAUCUUGCAAGAUAAGACAACUUCCAAUCGUCGUGAAGCGGUGCCAUACUGGGAAAUUUGCAAAGAUCCAUGCGUUUUGGUCACUUGGCUCUCCAAUAUCGGCGGGAAUCUGGGAUUUUUAACGCUAGUCCUUUACGGUCCGACCUAUCUCCGUGAAGUUCUACACUUUGAAGUGCGGGGAACUGGAUUCGCCAGUGCUCUUCCAUUUCUACUAUCAGCUGCCGCGAAAUCUGCAGCCGGACAAUUGUCAGACCGUUGCGAAUUCGUCUCCGAACGCGUCAGAUUCACAAUUUGCGGAGUAAUUUCUCGUGCCGGCCUUGCCUUGGGCUACUUGGCGAUGGCGUUCACUACCAAUACAACUGUCGCUCAAAUUGCUUUCACCUUUUCCAUCGCUGUCAGCGGACUGAAUAUCAUGGGAACAGUCAAGUGUUUGCAGCUGGUAAGCUUGCCAGAAAAACUUCAUUUUCCACCUAAUACCCUAAAAAUUUCAGCGUUGCAAGCAGCACGUCAGUUUCGCCGUCUCCGCAAUCGCUCUUAUGGCCUAUGUGAUUCAGUUCGGCGCUCCGAUCCUCGUCGGAAUCCUUUGCCCCGAUAACACCGCCGAGCAAUGGGCUCGAACGUUCGUCAUCAUCGGUGUUGUCGUGUUUGUGACCAGUGCACCGUUCCCGUGGUUUACAACAGCCGAGCCGGCCGAUUACACUUUUCCCAAGGAGCUGAGGGAGAAAAAAGCGAAAGAAUUGGAAGAAUGCGCAUAG